UAAUCUUGGUCAAGUGCCUUGAUUGAUUUGGGAGGAAUGUGUUAGCACAAGACCAUCGAUUAUUUUGUACCGUCUAUCGUCUCUGAAUUCUGUAGCAAGCCUGAGAUUCCAACCUCUCUGCUUCAGCGUUCAGGGCCAACCAUGGCGGAAUUCAUCUUCCUCUUCUCAAUCCUUACCGGAAUUUCUCUUCUUUGACGAAAUUGAGUCAGACAACUAAUAGACAGCCUACUGUUGCAAUGGGAGAAGACAGUGGCGCUGAGUAUGUUAAUAUUGGUGAAGUGACAUCCCCUAGGUCGGUAAAUGUCAAGAAAGUAGCAAUCUUGCCGCUUAUUUUUCUCAUCUUCUAUGAGGUUUCUGGCGGUCCCUUUGGAAUUGAGGACAGUGUUGGUGCUGCUGGACCCUUACUAGCCCUUGUUGGAUUCUUGGUGUUUCCUUUCAUUUGGAGUGUUCCUGAGGCAUUAAUAACUGCUGAGAUGGGUACCAUGUUCCCUGAAAAUGGCGGUUAUGUUGUUUGGGUUGCAUCUGCAUUAGGUCCCUAUUGGGGGUUUCAGCAAGGAUGGAUGAAAUGGCUUAGUGGGGUUAUUGAUAAUGCUUUGUACCCUGUUCUGUUUCUUGACUAUUUGAAGUCUGCUAUCCCUGCUUUGGGUGGUGGGUGGCCAAGGGUACUAGCAGCCUUAGCUCUGACUAUAGUCCUCACUUACAUGAACUACAGGGGUUUAACCAUUGUGGGAUGGGUUGCUGUUGCUCUUGGGCUCUUCUCCAUUCUUCCUUUUGUGGUCAUGGGAUUGGUGGCUAUCCCCAAGUUGGAACCUUCAAGAUGGCUUGAAGUCAAUCUGCAUGAUGUGGAUUGGAAUUUGUAUUUGAACACACUCUUUUGGAAUCUAAACUACUGGGACUCAAUUAGCACACUCGCUGGAGAGGUACAAAACCCUAAGAGAACUCUCCCAAAAGCUCUGUUUUAUGCCUUGAUCCUGGUUGUUCUUGGGUAUUUCUUCCCUCUUCUAAUUGGUAUUGGGGCUCUUCCAGUUAACCGGGAGUUGUGGACUGAUGGUUAUUUCUCAGACAUAGCUAAAAUGAUAGGGGGAGUUUGGUUGAGAUGGUGGAUCCAAGCAGCAGCAGCGAUGUCAAAUAUGGGGAUGUUUGUGGCUGAGAUGAGCAGUGACUCUUUUCAACUUCUUGGGAUGGCUGAACGUGGGAUGCUGCCUGAGUUCUUUGGGAAAAGGUCUCGGUAUGGUACUCCUCUGGUUGGGAUUUUAUUCUCAGCUUCUGGUGUUAUUUUGUUAUCAUGGUUGAGCUUUCAAGAGAUUGUUGCUGCUGAGAACUUCCUGUACUGUUUUGGGAUGAUUUUGGAGUUCAUUUCAUUUGUAAGGUUAAGAAUGAAAUAUCCAACUGCAUCUCGACCAUACAAGAUACCUUUGGGAACAUUUGGAUCAGUCCUCAUGUGCAUUCCUCCAACCAUCUUGAUUUGUGUUGUCUUGGCUCUUUCUUCGCUCAAAGUUGCUAUAGUAAGCCUCAUUUUUGUAGUGAUUGGCCUGGUGCUCCAGCCUAGUCUGAAGUAUGUUGAGAGGAAAAGAUGGCUGAAGUUCUCCGUCAGUGCUGAUCUCCCAGACCUCGAUUAUUCUACUCAUGGCAGUGCUGAUACCUUAAUGCAAUGAUAAUGGUGGAUAAGCUUGCAGAGAAAGCUCCCCAUGCAAGACCUGUAAAGGUAUCUAUGGACAACAUAAGAUUCUUUGGUGUCUUGGUGCCUAUUCCACCUUUCAACCUUAGCUAGCUGUGUUUCCUUAUCUAGCUGACAUCCAUUAUCAUCCAUGUUUUCAGAUAAGUGUUGGACCGUGGAAAUGAUUAGUGAGUGUUUAGUAAAAAAGCACCAGGACCAUCCCACUCUGAAGAUCAAGUUACUAACUCGGGUUUCACUUCUAGUAUGUGACCAAUUUAUCCUGAAUUUCAUGACAAGUUAAUAAUAGUAGUAGUUUUUGUUACAAAAUAAGUUUUGUGAUUGAUCCUAUUUUUAGAAUCUAAGGUAGCUUUUCUUUGCAACACUUGUCCAAGAUGGAGAAACAAAUGUAUGCUUGAUUAUUAGUAGCACAUUGCCUUCCACCUGUCGUCUCACACAGAAUGAGAGAGAGCAUAUGUUUGGAUAAAGCACCUUGAAUCUCUCUUUUCAUGCUUUGAGCUUUGAAUUGAUGCUCAAAAGCAAAAUGAUGCAGAAAAGGAUAAAUCUUCCCUUCAAUGGAUCAACAAGAAUUUUCAAGGACAUGAACUCAAAACCACAUCCGUUGUCUAACUGAGACGAAGGGGUAGUUCUCUGAAGCUCUUUCAGCUUCUGAGGAUUUCUUGGGCUCUUCUUGUCCGGUUUAUUGCUGUUUUUAUCCUUUCUAUUCUACUUUCCACCAGCCAUUCACCCUUCUUCCUCUUCCCCUUUGUGAAUCCCCUUCCUUUCUUAUCCUUCUCACUUUCUGCUGUACAGUAUAUCCAAGCCCCUUCACUUUUCCAUUUUAUGCCUCUGUUUUAUCUAAGGAGAUGGAAGAAGGAGAAAAAGAAAACUUCCUCUGGGCUUUAGUUACUCAUGGUCGGUUCAAGCCACUGCAGAAAUAAUUAUGUGCCUACUUUGAGUAGAUCUCUGGAGUAAUGGAGUGUCUUGGUUUUGGGCAGGCACUUGGGAUGAUCACCACCUUCACUAUUUUGUGUUAGUAAAGUUAGUUGCGUUUUCCUCCUUCGAUAUACUCAUGUAAUAUGGAUGUGAAUAUUGAUCUAUGAAAUUGCGUGAUCCUUCGUCUCUGGAUAUUACUUUUUUUAAAACUUAAAUCUACUCUCAUUUUGCAUCUGAAUUUCAUGAUUCAAUGUUUAUCAUCUCUUCAUAAUAUGCACUUUCCCGACCUUACAGUUGGAUACGAAUUCUUUAUAAUUCCAGCUAGCUACCCCUAAAUUCUUAAGAUAUAAAACUCAUUUUUUUUCUUUUAUAAAAAUGUGAAUGAAGUUUUCAAUAUAUAUGUAUAAUUUGUUGUGCAAAAUAAAAUAAAGAUCAACUGCAAUC